UCGGCAGUCGGCUGUCUGACCCGGAAGUUCCGGUCCGCGCAGAACGGUUUCCAGGGACGGGGGGCCCCGUAGCAACCGGUCCCGAUCAUCUGCCGUAUAAAUUCACUGUGUUGCGAUAUACCGAGGCCGACGGAGGGGCGUGAGAAAUAAGAAAAAAUGCCGAGAUGCUUCGUUGAACGCUGCAACACGUUUGGGAGAAAGAAGGUUUCCUCCCCGUAUAUAGUCUUGCAUGUGUUUCCGAACAGUCUGGACAAAAUCAAAACGUGGCUGAGGUGCAUCGAGCGGAGCGGCCAGGCCAUCGAGAACGUCGACAAUAUGGCCGAGAGAAUAUAUAAGGGCAAGAGGUCCGACAAGUUCCGGAUCUGCUCAGAGCAUUUCACAGAACAGUCCUACGUACCAUUCGGACUUCGGAAGACGUUGAAAAAAGAUGCCAUCCCGACUAUCUUCCAUAACGUCCCACCAGAAGAUCUAUGUGAGGAGAGUUUAGAACCGCCACGUAAGAAAGCACUUGCAGAUUAUUCCUCUGUGCCAAACGCAACUCAAGGUGAUGGUAAAAGGAGGCCCGCAUUGAAACCCAGUUCCAACCGGUCGCUAGAUCUCAUUAACAUCAGCCCCUUACUUAAUCCUGGCCAUCAGCAAGGUGACCUGGCUAACAGAGAUUCAACAAUCCGAUCAACUGAGUGUUUCCAACAACCUUCCACAGAAACCAAAACAUCCUGUACAGACAAGGAUAAAAGUAAAAUUACUCAAAGGAUAUAUAAUCUCACUCUGGAGAUCAUCUACCUGCUGACUGGGGAGGAGUGUGUUGUGAAGUCCGGUGAAAGUGUCACACCGAGCACCCAUCCCAGAGUUUCAGACGGAUUGAGCAUAAACCAGGGCUCCAUCACAGUACUUCCACCAACACAUGAAAAAAUCAAUGACCAGAAGAUAUUGGAGCUGACCUUCAAAAUCAUUCAGCUGCUGACAGGAGAGGUUCCUAUAAGGUGUGAAGAUGAUACGGUCUCUUUCGCCAUGGACAAAUUGGACAAUUUAGAAGGACACAAGGAUCAAAAGAAGAACUUGAUGAUGGAGAAUCACCUGCACCUGAGGACACCUGCAGAUAUAUUGGUUAAUAAAUUGGGUGAAUAUACCGCUACUCCAAUUAAAGAGGAAUCAGUCUUGCAUGAAGAAGGAAGCCUCACAGACACUGACAUGUACACAGCCACAGGUCAUAUACAAAGUUCUCCUACUGAUAUUAAGGAGGAGUCGUAUGAGGAAGAAAAUCUCACAGACGAUGGUGUUUAUACUCCAACAGAUCUUACACUGUAUACAUCUACUCGUAUUAAGGAGGAAUCGGUUGCAUUUGAGGAAGGAGACCUCACAGACACUGACAUGUAUACAUCCACAGAUCAUAAACCAUAUACCUCUACUCGUAUUAAGGAGGAAACUGUGUCAAGCGAAGAAGAAAAUCUUACAGACACGGAUGACUAUUCACCCGCAGAUCAUUCAUCUCUACAUAUUAAGGAGGUUUCGGUCUCCGAUGAAGAAGAUAAUCUCACAGACACCGACAUGUAUACACCCACAGGUCAUACACGGUAUGCAUCUAAUUAUGUCGGUGAGGAAACUGACUCGUGUGAUGAUGAACAUGUCACAGACACUUAUAUACCCACCAAUUAUACUCCGCAUACAUCUACCCACACAGAGCAUACCCCAGCCAUGUUCGAAAACAACCACAUGCAGAAGGAUUUCUUAGGCUUUGAUGAAGGAACCAGCAUAGACACCGAUGUCUGUGCACUGAUUAAACACGCACACACCAAAUUUACAUUUGCGCCAAUUGAGGAGGGCUCUGCCUCAGAGGAAGAUGAAAUUCCUGUAGACACUCAGACGUAUGCCUCCAAAGAUCAUAAGAAACCCAAAUCUACCCCUGCCGUGGACGAAUGUGUCUCGGGCGAAGAAGGCAGCUCCUCGUCCGUCAAGAAAGAAACGUCUUAUAAGUGUUCGGAGUGUCCAGAGACGUUCAUCCGACGAUCAGAUUUUGCCAAUCACCGGAGGGAUCACCGAAGAGAGAGGCUGACGUGUCCCGAGUGUGGAAAAGUGUUUUCCAAUAAACCCAGUCUUUUAAACCAUCUUACAGGCCAUACGGGAGAGAAACCAUAUUCGUGUCCAGUUUGUGGUAAAUGUUUCACCCGAAAUAGUAACCUGAUCGUACACCAGGCAGUUCACAUGGAGAGAAGUCCUUUGGGUGCCCGGAAUGUGGGAGAGGUGUUGUAUGUAAAGCAGAUCUUGUGAAGCAUCCGUUACUACGCAAGCGAUAAACUGUGUAGUUCCUAUUGAUCAAACCUCAUGCCAUGAAAGAUGGUUCUGAAUUCUUCUUCUCAUGUUUUAUAAUCAAUGGAGUCCGACUCUUUGUGAUCUUUUGCCAAUUAGCAUGCCAGUCAAGUCUGUCAGACGUUGCCCUUCCGAGUUAAUGCAAAGUUCACAUUGAUGGUGUCCGUCUGUCUUUUGUCUUCUGUCGACCUCGUUUAUGUUUGCUCUUUCUUAGCACCCAAGUCUUUCCUUUGCGUCACGUGGCCAAAGUAUUAGUUGUUCCAGCAAGCCUCCAUAUGUUCCUUAUAGCUCCUGUUAGACGAUUCACCGAAGAGAGAAUAUAUUUUCUUGCUGGGAAACCUUUUGUUAUACAUAUAUUACAUUAUUGCAGGGAUAGUUAUGGUUUUUUGGUUUUUAUUUUCAAAAAAUGACAAACUAAACUUGAUCCAAGGAAUAUCUUAAGUUAAACUUUUUAAUUAUUUUGCACAAUUCCAUUAUUUUCUUUUUCUUUUCUUUCAUAUUGAAAAUAACAAUGUCUUUAUUAAAGACCUGAAUAUCUUGAUGUGCGUCUGUGCUUGUUCCGUAUAAAUAACCUGGUAAUAAAACAUGCUUGUACCCUAA